AUGUCGCAACUACAAAUCCCACCAGUAACUCUAGAAGACCUCCAAACCUUCCAAGCCAAGCAUUUCCUCGGCCACCAAACAGCAGCAUGUGACUACCCGACCGCCCCAGCCGAAGACGUUUACUACCAUUACGAAGAAGAAAAAGAAUACUAUGACGACGACGGCGACGAUCUCGGAUAUUACCCAGAUGGCAUAAAACGUACUCUCACAGACGAGCAGAUCAGGAUAUUUCGGCAUAGCGAGAUACACGCCAUACUGCGGGAGAGACAGCUAAAACAAGAGGUGGCUGAGGAAUCUGAUGAGCAGACUCAGACGCAGACUGUGAAUGCGAAGCGGAAACGUGAGGAUGGAGAUAAUAAUGAUGGCGGUUCGAAGCGGGUCGGUUCGAAGCAGGCUGAGCCGGCUAGAGCUGGUGUCGGGUCUGAGUCGACGGCACUGCAUUAUGAUGAUGAGCAGGAACCUCGUGAGGCUCAGAGGCCUACCACGAGUGCUCCGUUUGCUGGACGGAGGAUUAUCUCUUAUAAGGAUUGA